AUGUCGGUCCCACGCAACCGCAUCCUCGCUCUCAUGGAGACGCAAUCCCGGAUCUUCAACACAGUCUUCAACCCCAGCGGCGCCAGGCAAGGCACCAAGAUCCUGCACCAGCGGCUGAAGGGCCCCUCCGUCGCAGCGUACUACCCGCGCCGGAUCGGGACGUUUGGCGAGCUCGCGCGCUUGUAUCCGGAGUGGGAGGGCCUGAAUAUCGAUGAGUGGCAUCGCGAGGAGAAGAUUGCUGGGCUCAAAGCACGAGGCAAAGGCGCGCCUAAGAAGAAGCGCACCGCGCCCGAGGCGACCAAGCACGGCCAGCGCAAGCGGAAGUAG